CGGGACUUAUCAGCAGCCGGUGUAGAGAGCUUUUAGGGGCUAGAUUGAAAUUACGUCAUACUCUCACAUGGGCAGAUACCGAUUGGGAGCAGUGGCUUGCAAUAUGUAUAUAAAGACGCUUCAUCCUUAACUUUCCUUCAAGCUUUUGAUCUCCAGACACCUCAAGUUCUUCAUUCAGCUCCAACAUCUGCACGUCUUUCCCCGUUCUCAUCUUUGCCCCUUGUUCUCUCUUUUUUUAUAACACCAUGGCUCUAGCUCCUGGACUCAUCCGGGCCGCCUUUGGCGGGGUAAAGGAUAUUGGCACCAUUGUUGGCACCUUCGAUUGGAGCAAGUGCAAUGUUCGAGAUUCGCACAGUGAUGAGUACCUUCACACGGACCUUGCUCCAUCUUACGGCAAGCUUAACAAUGAUUCAGUCAAGGCUUUGGACGAAAAGCUUAAAAUCAUGAUCGCUGGCACCUUGAUCGCCAUUGGAAAGCUCACCGACAAAAGCUGGAAGUCCAUCUUGGAAACUAUGAUGCAGCAUCCGCUUCUCGAGCCCGACAGCGCUCAGAUUGACCGGGCCGAUAAGCUGAUCAAAACAAGCUCGAGCGCCUUCAAAUUCGACGGUAGCCCGGAUGCGCAGAUUGUCCGUGAGGUCAAGACGUGGUUUACUAAGCUCAUCGCGGACGCCGAUGUGCUCCAGCAAACCAGGAUUGACAUCGAUACUCUUGCCAAGAUCGUUGCGCAAAGUGGUGCCACGAUUGACUCCUUUGAGAGCUUCUGGGCCAAGCAGGAGAAGCACGAGCAGACUCUAGUGGACAUUGGUGUUCUCCGGUUUCCCGACUUCGAACGCCCUUAUUUCAAGCUUUACCAUAUUAAGCUCACAGCUUGGUCCGACUCCUCCCGCGUCCUCUUCCUUCAGGAUGACAAAAACGGUAUCACUGGAGAAUUCAACAGCAGGAUCUUCCGCCCUCGCGAAAGCAUCAUUCGGGAACUGACUAAGGAUUCUCGUGAGGCCGCGCUUAGGAGGGCCGAAAGCUUGUUUGACUAACUUGAGAUUUGCUUUGAGACUUUCAGUAGGUCAACAAUUUGCUUGCUUGUCUUUCUAUAAAGUCUUGAGCUCGCCACUCCGUUAUUGCUGGCCUGACGGUUUGUUUUUACAAUCUCAGCAUCCGCAGCUUGAUGUUAUUAUCUUACUCUAGGAUAUGAAAAUGUUCAUAUGAAAACGCUAUUGAAUAGGGUGGAAAUCCACAAAUUUUGCAAAUCUUUUGAUGAGCUCGUCCAUUAUUGAGUUAGCCCAAGUCAAAGACCU